UCUCGUUGUACAACGUUUGUGCUGAUAGCUGUCCUGGUAGUAGCAGGCGGGGCGGGGCAAGGAUCGACCCAGACCUGUAAGGAUAACUUACGGAUACACAACUACAUAUUGGAUUCCCUCUCCGGGUUCAACCUGACGGCGACACAGUUCGCCGAAUGCUGGAGCGAACAUAUUCGGGAAAACACAAAAUAUGCCGAACUUCGACUAUCAAAUGUGAGCAGCGUGACAUUAGACGCAGUUGUGGACAUUCUGGAGAACACGUCUGAACACGUCCUCAACGUCUCGCUCUCCUGGAAGCGUUCUGCACUGCCGCUAGUUCAUGACCAUUUCUUCGAAAAUCUGCAAACAAUAAAGGAAUUAAUCCUCGAACGUGAUGGAAUAUCCUACCUAGCUCCAUUUGCCUUUCACAAUCUGACUCGACUGGAAACCUUAUCUCUCAGAUUCAACAACCUGUCUCGAAUUGCCAAUAGGACGUUCGCGAAGUUAUCACGGCUCAGAGCACUAAAACUUUCGUAUAAUCGCAUCUUUGCAAUAGAAGCUGGCGCAUUCUUCGAUUUUAAAACUAUAGGAUAUAUGGACCUGCGAGACAAUCGCCUGAAGACAAUACCGGUUGAGGCCCUCAACAUGCAUACUCAGCUAGAUUUCUUGCACCUGGGUGACAAUGAAAUUACAGAAAUUGGCGAGGAUGGCCUGGGUUCCUUUCCGAAUCUCGCAAUGUUGCACAUACAAAACAACUAUCUGCAAACCCUGCCACGAAAGAUGAGAUCCACAUUUCUUCACUGCGAUAUAGUUUCGUUAAGGGGGAACCCGUGGCGCUGUGACUGCGAGCUGCGCUGGCUGGCGGAUAUACUCAUCCAACGGCCGGAUCUCACCGACAACUCCCCAAUAUGCGCCACUCCCGAGCAGCUCCGCAACAUGACCCUUGAUCAGGUCAACUUCACGCGGUCGUGCGGACCCGAUACACUUGAAUCAACCACAGCGGUGUCCAUUCUAGAAAAUAUAAGUACUCCUAUCAAUGACAUCAUGCCGCCCCAGUCCCUGGUGAUGUACGUGGUGGGCGUGAUUGGGGCUGGGCUAUUCCUGAUUGGGGUGGCCGCGACAUGCAUGUGGAGGCGGUGGUUCUUGGACCGCUGCUGCAGACACCGGGAGCGCCUACAGCCGCUAUAUAGAGUCGCCAAACAUUUAGCCUUAAAUCAGAACUACUACUCUCCGCAUAAGUCCGCGACCAACCGACUCGGUGGCGGUCGCGUCACUUACACCAGCAAUAACAAGGCGCGGCUCGACAACUAUGAAUAUGACGCAAAAGACGUGGAUGAAGACAAUUUGAAAAUACUGGAUAUCAAGAACAACGAAGAAGCGGGGGAACUCGCUCUGAUUCUCGAUAUGGGUGGCCAUCGCGGCUACGGGAAGGUGCGCCUAGAUCGGCCGCUAGGGUUUGGUCAUUUCGGAAGCGUGCGGCUUGGGCAUGCGAUCCUCAGCCGCCACUCAAGACGUGUGGCCGUCAAGCGGAUCGUUCAUGGCACAGAUUCCAAGGAAAUACUGCACGAAAUCCAGAACGCAAUGAUGAGCUGCAGACACGAAAACAUAAUAAAAAUCCAUGGCUUCCGGUUUUUCAAAGGCGCCCCGACGAUCGUGAUGGAGCUGGCGAACGGCGGAGACCUGGAGGAGUAUCUCCGCCAUCUGCGACCGGAGGUGAGUGCGCAGAUUGCCGGUCUGGAGGCUCCGCACCGCCGGGAGUACCUGCAGCGGAAACAGCCCAUAUUGUACAUAUUCAUGCUGCACGUUGCGCGGGGGAUGAAACACCUAGCCAAACUGAAGAUAGUACAUAGAGACCUAGCGGCUAGAAAUAUUCUCAUCUGCGAAGGCCAGGUAGCCAAGAUUUCUGACUUUGGCCUCUCACGGGAUAUCUACGGCAAAGAAAAUUACAGGCGGCAGACAGAUCGGCCACUGCCUUUCCGUUCGCUCGGUCCGGAGUCGUUGUCUAGUGGCACGUUUACUUCGAAGAGCGACGUCUGGGCGUUCGGUGUUCUGCUUUGGGAGGUGACGUCACUCGGCGAGCGGCCCUACGAGCACGCGCUCGCCGCCGCCCCGCCGGGGGUGCAAGUACACGAGCACCUCCGCAGCCUUCUUAUGUCAGGCUACAGACUGGAAUGGCCUAAUCUCUGUCCGGUUGAACUUGAGGAGAUAAUGAAGGCGUGCUGGGCCUUGGAGCCUGCCGACCGGCCCGACUUCUCGUGCCUCGCUAACCGCCUCCAGCACUUCAUUAACACACAUCAACAGAUGACAAGCCGGCACAUUACACCGCACACACACAAUGACCUGUAGUGCAUGGCACAAUGUAGCCUUAAAGGCGGAGAUUUUCACACUUAAGAUUAAAGCGUGAUCGUAGUCCAUGCAAUUGCAAUGUUUGAUGUAUGCGCAACUGUAAUAGAUGUGUGUGACUUAAAAAGAGUGUCAAUCAAGUUUGUUUAAGUGUUAUUCACAUUUUCCCGUGAUAAUAUUCAGGCAACUCAUUUGACUCCUUAACUUUGCCCAAAACGGGCGCUAACUUCUUAUGCAUCAAUUGCAGUAUUUUUGCACAAUUCCAGUAUUGUACAAUCGAAUAAUUUUUGCAAAAAAUGCAGAAUUCUUGCAUUUGCAGUUUUCUUGCACUAUCGCAUUGUUUGCUGUAUUUUAGUAUUAUUGCACAUUCACAGUAUUCUUGCACAUUCAGUGUAUUCUUGAACAAUCACACUAUUCUUGCACGUAAACAGUAUUCUUGCAAAAUCACAGUAUUUUUGCGCACUGGCAGUAUUCUUGAACACUCAGUAUUCUUGCACAUUCACAGUAUUCUUGCACACCUGAGUAGUCAUGCAGUACACUUGCACUGUCACAGUAUUCUUGCAUACUAACAGUAUUCAUACUCACUGACAGUAUUCAUGCACACUAACAGUAUCCUUGCACAAUCACAGUAUUCUUGCACACUUGUAGUGUUCUUGCAUAAUCACAGUAUUCUUGCACAGACACGGUAUUCUUGCACACUCACAGUAUUCUUGCACACUCGUAGUGUUAUUGCGCAAUCACAGUAUUCUUGCACAAUCCCAGUAUUCCUGCACAAUCACACUAUUCUUGCAAACUAACAGUAUUCCUGCACACUCACACUAUUCUUGCAAACUAACAGUAUUCCUGCACACUCACACUACUCUUGCAAACUAACAGUAUUCCUGCACACUCACACUAUUCUUGCAAACUAACAGUAUUCCUGCACACUCACACUAUUCUUGCAAACUAACAGUAUUUCUGCACACUCACACUAUUCUUGCACAAUCACAGUAUUCCUGCACACUCGCACUAUUCUUGCAUUGACACAGUAUUUUUUGCACACUCACAGUAUUCUUGCACAGACACAGUAUUCAUGCACACUCACAGUAUUCAUGCACACUCACAGUAUUCAUGCACACUCACAGUAUUCUUGCACAAUCACAGUAUUCUUGCACACUCAAAGUAUUCUUGCAUUUACACAGUAUUUUUGCACACUCACAGUAUUCUUGCACACUCAAAGUAUUCCUGCACACUCACACUAUUCUUGCACAGACACAGUAUUAUUGCACACUCACAGUAUUCAAGCACACUCAGAGUAUUCUUGCACAGACACAGUAUUCUUGCACACUCACAGUAUUCUUGCACACUCACAGUAAUUUUUGCACACUCACAGUAUUGUUGCACAAUUACAGUAUUCUUGCACACUUACAGUAUUCUUGCAGUACUCAAAGUAUUCUUGCACAUUCACACUAUUCUUGCACAUUCACACUAUUCAUGCACACUCACACUAUUCUUGCACAGACACAAUAUUCUUUGCACACUCACAGUAUUUUUGCACAGACACCCUAUUCUUCCACAAAUACAGUAUUCAUGCACACUCACAGUAUUCUUGCAAACUCACAUUAUUCUUGUACACUUACAGUAUUCUAGCCCACUCAAAGUAUUCUUGCACAUUCACACUAUUCUUGCACACUCACACUAUUCUUGCUCAAACACAGUAUUUUUUGCACACUCACAGUAUUCUUGCACAGACACAGUAUUCUUGCACAAACACAGUAUUCAUGCAAACUCACCGUAUUUUUGCACAAGUACAGUAUUCUUGCAAACUCACAGUAUUCUUGCACAGACACAGUAUUCAUGAACACUCAGUAUUCUUGCACACUCACAGUAUUCUUGCACAGACACAGUUUUCUUGCCCAGUCACAGUAUUCUUGCAAACUCACAGUAUUCUCGCACACUCACAGUAUUCUUGCACAGACACAGUAUUCUUGCACACCUGAGCAGUCAUGCAAUAUUCUUGUACAAUCACAGUAUUUUAUGCAAAUACGUGGCAUAUACGAGAGGCAUUGAAUUAUACAGCAACUGAAACUCGGUUAUUAACUGUUAUUACUUCCAAUUUCAAUAUGUUGCAGCUGAGUUGAGUUUUUUUUUCAGACAUAAUGAAGAUAUCCAUAAUCAGCUUUAAUGAAAGUAAGAUUCUCUCACACUCUGAUAUUGUCUACAUACUGUAGUUUUGGAAUUGCUUACAUGUAUGA